AUGGCUUCGAAAAUUCGCAAACAUGUCACUACUGCAUGUCAAAACUGCAGAAAUCGUAAAGCGCGAUGCAGUGGGAAGCCACGCUGCCAGCGCUGCAUGAAGAAUAAUUUAGAUUGCGUAUUUAUAAAUCCAACCAAGAAAAGAGGACCACCAAAAAAUGCACAUAAUGAAAUUAUAGAAUCACGACUUUCAAGAAUCAGCCGCAUUGACAGGGAAUAUUCACAAUCUCUGCCAAAGUCAAAUCCUGAUUAUCCGACCGUUCGAAAUGGCUUCAAACCGGGAUUACCGUUACUAAAGUCUCCGCAAUGCAGUCAUAUGAUUUCUCGAGGAAUAUUAGAUUUUAAUCGUGUAUCUCCAAUGAACUCGAGUUCGAUGCCUUUUGAGCUCAAAGAUAAUACGAGUUCAACAGAUCCGUUUUUACCAUCAAUAAAUUUUCGAGAUAAUUCUUUACCGAAAAUCGUAAACAAUAUUGAAGAAGUCCGACCUUCUCUUCCAAAUAUUUCACCAUUUCCUGAUUCAUAUAAUCCAGCAACACAAUUUUCGUUACCAAAUUCAUUCGUAACUCCCCGCAGUCUUCAAUACCAAAACUGUUGCAAUGAGAGACAAGGGAUUUAG